AUGUCGUGGCGUGGCGACUCGAGUCUCCCGUACGACCCCCGCGCAGGCCGGAAUGCCUUUAAAAAUGAUGAUGAUGGAACGGAACAUCCAUUGGCUCGAACGGCGAGAGCUAUGCGCUCGUUCACCGAAUCGAUUGAUAUGGACAUGCCACCAGCACCAGAAUUGCCCGCCUCCUUAGAUAUCGAUCGAUAUGAGCAUGGGAUGAAGAAUAGCGACACUAAUGAUACCAUCAUUGAGGUGAAACGCGACGACCCGAUCGAUUUGACGCUGGGCGAGACGCAGAAGUUUAAGAUGGUCGUCCCGGGACCAGGGCAUACCGAACAAGAAACCGAAAUGCAUAAGAGUUUACUGCGGGACGCCGAUCAGGAUAGCUUGGACAGCGAAUUGGAGGCGUUAGACGAUGCGACCAAGAAUAAAGAAACGCAACCGGCUGCCCCGGCUGCAAAAGAAGCUCCCCGAAAAAUGCAGGACCCAGACCAUACAGCAUUGCGACAGCAAUACAGCGUGACGGCCCUUACAAGACCACGGCCUACAACUCCUACACAACAAUGCGCAAUUGAGUCCUUCGCCUUCAUCUCCCAAGAAGAAGAGGAACGCCAAGAGCGAGAGCGCCAAGAAAAGAUCAAAGUCAAAAUCCCGGCCGGUGGCAAGCGCCGAAAAUCGGACAUGUCCUAUUCUGAAUUCUACGACAGCAUGAGCAGCCAAAUCCCGACACAGCAAAGUGCGGAUAGUGCCCAACCAAUCGGAGAUUUCCAUCCCGAUGACCCUGCCCUCACCGCGCCAAGCUGGGCUGACUUUGAAGCCUCCGCCCCAGAACUUCCUCCUAGUGAAUCCGGCUUCUUCUCGAAAGAUUCAGAGGGAACAUCAACCGUCACAAAGGCUGGAGAUCCGUUUGCUAUGCCACCAAAAGAAGACCCAUUCGCUGCUCCAGCUGACGCAAAUCUUUUGAUGAUGCUCGUCGAAGGGCAUGUCACAAAAUAUGGGUUACCGUUGGAGCAUUCGGCACAGUGUAAUGUGUUGCUGAAGUUUGGCUCGCUGAAUGCCGAUGAGUUGCAAUCGUUUGUGAACACGAUUGAGGAUGUGCUAUUUAAAUGUCCGGCGAAGAGGGACACGAAGCCGCAGUAUAAGCAAGAUGAGGUUCAGAUCCACUGCUACGAUGAAUACACAGCACACGUCGAUAAACUCGGAAUCGUCUCGGACCAACGAGCCAGA